CUCCGUUGAGCUCCAGUUUUUCUAACUUCCUAUCUCUCCCAGAAUGGGGCACACUGCUCGUGGGAUAUGCACCCUUCUCUUGAUCCUCUUCGUUUCUAGUAUGCUCGCGUCUGCUGGCAACGAUGGGCUGGUCCGCAUCGCGCUGAAGAAGAGACCGAUAAUGGAGAGCAUCUACGGUGACCUAAUUCCCAAGAGCAGCACGGUAGAGCAUGAAGUUGCACUUGGGUAUUCUGGCGUCAGGAUGAUGAACCGGGAAGAGGGAAUUUAUGACCCGGUUACAGAGGCCAUUAACAGUGUUCGUCUGCAUCAGCAAAAGAUGCUCAAAGACAUAGAGGCCGCGGCCAUGGAACAGAGGCUCAAGCAUUUCUGGAGCUACAAAGAUUUCAGAGAGAGGAGCGGUCUAAGAGAUGUCACUCAGUAUCCUCUUGCUCUGAAGAACUUCCUGAACGCCCAGUAUUUUGGGCAGAUUGGGGUUGGUUGCCCGCCACAGAAUUUUACUGUGGUGUUUGACACCGGGAGCUCAAACCUCUGGGUCCCUUCUGCCAAGUGCAUUUUUUCGCUUGCCUGCUACUUCCAUUGCAAGUAUGAAUCAAGAGGUUCUAGUACUUACAAGGAGAAUGGAACACCUGCUUCCAUUCACUAUGGAACAGGAUCUAUUCACGGUUAUUUCAGUCAAGAUCAAGUUACCAUUGGUGAUUUAGUUGUCAAUAAUCAGGAAUUCAUCGAAGCUAUUCAUGAGCCUGGUCUUACUUUUCUAGCAGCAAAAUUUGAUGGCAUCCUUGGACUUGGAUUUAAGGAAAUUUCAGUUGAAGGCGCAGACCCAGUUUGGUACAAUAUGAUUCAACAAAACCUUGUGAAUGAAAAGGUGUUUUCCUUUUGGUUAAAUCGAAAUGCAAACGAUAUGAAUGGGGGUGAAAUUGUGUUUGGAGGCGCUGACAAGAACCAUUACAAAGGCCUUCAUACAUACACCAGAGUUACUCGGAAAGCUUAUUGGCAGUUUGAAAUGGGAGAUUUUCUUGUUGGAGGCAAGAGCACUGGAAUUUGUGUUGACGGUUGUGCUGUCAUAGCAGACUCAGGAACUUCGUUGAUAGCCGGCCCUAUAGCUGCUAUUGCGCAGAUCCAUGCACAAAUUGGAGCAACCGGUGUAGCUAACGAAGAGUGCAAACAAGUUGUUGCUGGACAUGGGCAUGAAUUGCUAGAGUUGCUGCAAGAGAAGACACCACCAGCACAUGUCUGUUCCAAGAUUGGGCUUUGCAAACACGAUGGAACACAUGGAAUUAAUGCCGGUAUUGAGAGCGUGCUGGGUGAGACACACAAAUCUGCAGAUGGCGUUUCUGACGCUACAUGUAAUGCAUGUGAGAUGGCAGUUACAUGGAUGCAAAGCGAAUUUGUUCAGAACCAUACAAAGGAGGGCAAGCUGGAGUAUGCUAAUUGGCUCUGUGACAAUAUGCCUAGCCCAGUAGGAUCAUAUGUGGACUGCAGACACAUUCAUCUCUUGCCGAAUGUCGCAUUCAGCAUCGGUGGAAGGGCAUUUGAGCUGACACCAGAGCAGUACAUUCUCAAAUUUGGAGAGGGCUUCCUGACUCACUGUAUGAGUGGAUUCAUGGCUUUGGACAUUCCGCCUCCAAUAGGUCCUCUCUGGAUAUUAGGCGAUGUGUUUAUGGGGGCUUAUCACACCAUCUUUGACUACGGCAACAUGAGGGUUGGGUUUGCGGAUUCCGCUUGAAAGACAAGCAUUUCAUAUUUUCCACUGCUGCAGUAGUGCAAUAUAUACUACUGUACUUGACUGGUGUAAAGUGUGAUCGUUCAUACAUGUAUCUCUGCGCAAUCUCCAAAUAUCGAAUAACAUCUGACAAUAGUUGAG